AGGAUUGGGGGGGGGGGCGGUGACUGCACGGGGAAGGUGGGGUGGGUGGCGCGCGGUUGUCAUCCCAGCCGAUCGGUGGAGGCGCUGUCAUAAAACGCCUCAUCCUCCUCACUCCGUCUCCCACAUCAUCACCGCCGCGACAGGCAGCGGCAGAAGCGGCAGCGUCGCCCCCGUCUUCGACUGCAGGAGGGAGCCCCCCAAGUUUUCGUAGCGGCACAAGUCUUUUUUUUUUCAUGCGGCUGGAAUUGGCGACGCGACACGGAGUCCGCAGACACCGCCACAAACGAAUCCUCCCCUUCGCCUGGAGUUUCAAGAAAGCGACUGCGGCAAUGAGUCUCCGAGAUUCUAGCGUCGCGUCGAGCUCCCUCCGGCGAACGAUGAAAUCCCACAAACGGCUCCACGCGUCCAGGGGAGCGAGGAGAAGGCCUUCUCUCCUCUCGUCGAGAGGCUACUCGGCGAGGGUGACCCCUGACCCUGCACCGCCUUCUGCCAGCUCGCCAGUGUGCCCGCUGGCACGCGUCGACAAGUACGUGCUGCUGGAGGCCCCUUCGGAAGACAGGAUGCUCCGGGCAGUGGACACGCACACGGGCGAGGAGUUGGUGUGCAAGGUGCUGGAGCUGCAGACUUGGCAGGCUGUGCUGGCGCCCUACUUCCACCUGCCGGUGCAUGCAUGCGUAGCGUGCCCGUCCGCGAUCGUGCUGGGAGAGACGCGCGCGUACGCACUGUUCGGGAGAGCCGCGGGAGGUGACGCACGUGCCUACGUGCGCUCACGAGGUCGGCUCAGCGAAGAGGAGUCGGCCCGGCUCUUCCGACAGAUGGCCGAGGCGGUGGCCCACUGCCACAGCAACGGCCUGGUCCUGGGAGGCCUCAGCCUGCGGCGCUUUGUGUUCGCAGAUGCGGAGAGGACCCACGUAAUGCUGGUCAGUCUGGAAGAUGCUCACUCGGCUCCAAGUGACAACCGCUUUGCGAGCGACCUUCACACAGAGAAACGCGGCUCUGACUUUUGCACGAGCGCGGGGGGCCUUCCACAGGACGUCGGUCGCUUGGACCGGGCGGUGGACGUGUGGGGCCUCGGUGUGUCUCUGUAUGCCAUGCUGCUGGGACGCUACCCCUUCCAGGAGGGCGACGGGAUGUGCUGGGGCCAGAACGGCGUGUCCGGGGAGAGCCUGUCGCCAGAGGCUUGCUGCCUCCUGCGAGCCCUGCUGUGCUACGAUCCGGCUCAGCGGCUGACGGCGCCGGAAAUCCUCGAGCACCCGUGGUUCCGGACAGAUUUCACUCACGUCGAGUCAGCCGUUGCCGAAGGAGGCCCGUUCGGAGCGGUUGGCGUUGGAGGGCCCAAGGGAUCAGCGUGCGAUCAGACGGUGCCGGAAAUGACUCUCGUCAGGGACUGCUACGACUUAUAACCAGCAUCACGGCUGGCUGUUUGAAGUGAACGUUGCGCGCUUCUGUUGAAUGUUUUUGAAUGUUGUAAAGACGGUUAGAUUCCGAUGCGAAAAAUAUGCGUUUUUCAAAUUCAUGUCGUGGUUUUCCCGGGGGAAGUUCCAUUGUGGUUGUUAGCUCUUUGUCAAGGGUGAUCUCCAGAGGAGAGGUGGGUACAAGGAUAGCAAAACAGAACAUGUCAGCGGUUUAGCAGACCAGAAUUGUAACGUGAAAAAUGUCACGUAAGCAAUUGAAACGGUGCAAACACAUUUUCUACGGCAAAAUGACCAAGUACAUUUUUUUUUACGUGCAUUAUUCAAAUAAAGUAUAAGCAUCCUAUA